CAAAACUUCCGAGACAUGCUUCGCUGUCUCAGUCGUGUGAACUAUACUUUUCAACUUCUGGAAUUAUAUGUAGACAUUUUUUCAAUUCUAAAGAAGAAAUUUAAUCUCCGUUCACUUAUUUAGAGCACAAAGAUAACUGUGUAUGGGCGUGAUACAUAAAGCCAUAAACCCAGAAUGUUUACCCUCGCCACAGUGUCUGUAGUCAGCUCCCUUCUGCUGUGGACAGUCUAUCACAAUUACUUAGAUUUCAACACCACCCAAAUCCCGCAGCAGUCUCCUGAUUGGCAAGACGCCUCCCACUUAACCAGAGAUCCCAAAACCCACGAUAUCUCUGAUAAAAUAGAUUGGCCUUCCCCAAAUUCAAAAUCCCCAGAGGAAAUAUCUGAUCUAAAUGUUCUGAAUGAGAAUUAUUUUGAAGGACACGUCACUGACUCGUUAUCUAAAGAUUUACCAAAGGUUCAAAGGAAUUUCGAGGGUGGGGAUGAGAGACCCAUUGGAUCUAAGAGGAUUCUUUCCGAUACGUCUGGAAGUAAGACUUCAUUGAAAGGAGAUACAGGUAGGCAGGAUAAUAUAAAUGAUUUCCCUGAAAGUUCUGUGGAAUCAGGAGAUAUUGCUCGGAAAGAAUCAAAGGCACAACAGAGAAAAGCCUCGCCGAAGAGCUCCAUGAAAAAGCUGACCAUUCCCUCCUUCAUGAAAAUAAAGAAAUCCCAAACGACAAGAUCCCGAGUGAAAUUCACCCAUUUGCUGAGAACCUCCUCAACAUAAGUGACAAUGUGAUCAAACUUAUAGUUGGGAAUAAAGAGGAGGUUAAUACAUUGCCUAAAAAGUCCAGUAAAAUGGAGGAAAACUUUCAUCAGAGAGGAAGGUUGGUAGAUGGAAAUUCUGCUAGCAUUCUGUACUCCCUUACUAGUUAUAUAUUCCACCUUGAGAUCAACAAAUCAUUGCACAUUUCCUCACAGACACACAUAAAUAAUGAAAAGCUCGAGAACUUGGAACCUAGUGGCGAUAUAACUAAUGUUCCUGCAGAGACUCAGUCACACUCAGCAGACAUAAACAGACUGCAGGAAGACGACCUUAAGCUAAACCUAAACCCGGUACAGUUGCCGAGCUCGACACCGAAGCCAAAAAUCAUCACCAAGAAAAUCAUCAAAGUCAGAAUGAAGACUCCAGCACAAGGUGACUUCAUGACAUAUUUGAAAGGUCAGACGUGGGAGGUCUUUGUAACUCUGGCAGCUGUUGUAGUGGGGGUGCUUCUGCUCAUGAUGUUCAUAGUUGUGUGGGGGACGCAACACGUUCGCAAGAGGGAGAACCGCAAGAGGCUACUCAGGAUCCAAGCCAUGGAAAAUCAACGGGAAAUUUAGUUGCGAGAGUGAAAAAAAAAGAGAAUGUAGAAAAACUCUUGGCUUGAUCUUGUGUAUCAAUGCC